AUGCAAGCAAACGGGAAACCAUGUCCUCUUAUCGCGUCACAGGUGUACGGCAACGGUGGCUGCGUGCGGGGAACCGAUGACCGGGGAACCAUUUUAGCACCGACUAUGGAACGCGGACUCACUAAGAGGUUUGGCCCGUGGAAUUCACGCACCAAUCAGGGGCGAGAGAGACAGGGAUGUGGAUGUCACGCGGUAGUGAGAGGGAGACGGGAGUUUGUCGCUCGAGGUUUCGUUUGCGAAAAAUGGAAAAGAGUGCGUAGGCGGUGGUGUGGCGCGUGA